UAUCAGCAAUGGCGGCGCACUGACCGGCGAUCAACAAGUGCAGCCGGUGCAGGCGCUGGCACGGUUUAAUAACACGUUAUUAUGAACUGCAUGUUUAGUUCAGAGUAACAUAAGCUACUAAAUCGAUAGGCUUGCGAUAGAAAAGAAAGGCAUCAUGCCGAAGAAGAAAACUGGUCAAAGGAAAAAGGCAGAGAAGCAAAAGCUUCGUCAGAAAGCCAUUCGCGGUAAUGCGGCCAGGGUUAACCUUGGUGAUCAUCCGUGCAACGCCGUCAUGGAGUGCGACAAGUGCUCCAGGAAGCAAAAGAACCGGGCCUUCUGCUACUUUUGCUCCGCUGUUCAACGACUGCCAGUAUGCGCAAAGUGCGGAAAAAUGAAAUGUAUGAUGAAGACUGGUGAUUGCGUUGUGAAACAUUCAGGCCAAUUCACAACUGGACUGGGCAUGGUUGGUGCCAUAUGCGACUACUGCGAAGCAUGGGUGUGCCAUGGGAGGCAGUGCCUGACCACACAUGCCUGCACUUGUCCACUCCAAGAUGCCACGUGCAUAGAAUGUGAGCGCUAUGUCUGGGAGCAUGGAGGCCGCAUUUUCAAGUGCUCCUUCUGCGACAGCUUCCUUUGUGAGGAUGACCAGUUUGAGCAUCAAGCCAGUUGCCAAAUCUUGGAAGCCGAGACACUCAAGUGUGUCUCCUGCAAUCGUCUUGGUCACCAUUCUUGUUUGCGUUGCAAGUCUUGUUACUGUGAUGACCACGUCAAGCGCAAGGGAUUCAAGUAUGAGCGAAACCAGCCUAUGCCUUGCCCAAAAUGUGGCUUUGAAACACAACAGACAAAGGAUCUCAGCAUGUCAACUCGCCAUCAUAAUUAUGGAAGACAGCAGAUUCGUGAUGACGAUGAUGAUGAUUAUGGUACCAGCAGUGGCUAUGGAGGAAUUGGCUACAGCUAUUACGGUUCAGGUGGUGGAGGAGGUGAUGUGGAUGAAGAUGAUGAGGAGGAUGAUGACGAUGAAGACGAUGAUGAUGACGAUGAUGAUGAUACUGAUGAAGAGAGUGAAGAAGAUGAGAAAGAUGAGAAAAAAGGGGACACCACAGAGUCUAAGGAAUAAAAUUUUUCUUGCACAA